AUAACAGCCCGUCGACAAUGGAAACAUAUUUAUGAUGAAUUAGGUGGUAACCCUGGAAGCACAAGUGCUGCUACAUGUACUCGCAGACAUUAUGAAAGAUUAAUCCUGCCGUAUGAAAGAUUUAUUAAAGGAGAAGAAGAUAAGCCACUGCCUCCAGUGAAACCUCGAAAACAGGAUAACAGUUCCCAGGAGGGUGAAGCAAAAACAAAAGUGUCUGGAACAAAACGCAUCAAAAACGAAAACCAAAAGAGCAAGAAGGAAAAAGAUAAUGCACAGAAACCCCAAGAUGCAUCUGAGGUUUCAUCAGAACAAGAGAAGGAUCAAGAAUCAGCAGACCAGAAGAACUUCCCUGAACAUCCUACAACAGGAGAGAUGAAACAACCCGUGCAAGGCCCCCCAUCUCUUUUACCAGAGACAGCUCGGCCGCUGCCUCUGGAAAAGACAGACCCGACAGAAAACAUCACAAACAGUGAAAAAGCCAAGGAGGAGGUUCAGCACUCAUCCUCUUUCUCAAGUAUAUCCAUGCCUCCAGAAGACGACACUGUGCUGGAUGCCACCGUCACGAAACGACCACAUCCCCCAGCAGAUGCCCUGGAAGACACAAAGCCUGAGCAAAGACUGCACAAAGCUUUCACUGACAGCUUAGAAAGCGAACCUCCAGAAAUGCCCUUCACGACUUUCCCGGUCCAGCUGCCUGCUCAGAGCGACGUGGAAGACGACAAAUUGCCAGAGAUGGCCGAUUACAUCGCAAACUGCACUGUGAAAGUGGACCAGCUGGGAAACGAAGAUAUCCACAACGCACUAAAGCAAACGCCCAAAGUACUGGUGGUCCAGAACUUCGACAUGUUCAAGGAAAAGGAGCUGCCCGGGUCCAUGAACGACGACUCCACUUUUGGUUACACGCCGCUGCUCUACUCCAAGGGUAAUCCAGGCAUCAUGUCACCCCUGGCGAAGAAGAAGCUGCUGUCACAGGUCAGUGGGGCAGCCCUGCCGUGUAGCUAUCCUUAUGGUUCUCCUCCCCCUUUGAUCAGCAAAAAGAAACUGAACGGCAGAGAUGAGCUGUCCUCAAGUAUAUCGCAAGGUCCCCAUGCCCCUAAUACCGAUCCUGUAGCAAUUAAUAGGCCCUCAGUCAUACAACACGUGCAGAGUUUUAAAACCAAGGAAGAAAGGAAAUCGAUUAAUGACGUUUUUAAACAUGACAUGCUAAGUAAACCAGAUCCUCAGCGCUGUGAUUUUUCAAAACAUCACCUCAGUUCUCUUGCCGAGUCAUAUAUACCGAAGACGGAUAUGCAGGACUGCAAAGAUAAAAUGAGUGAGAAAAGGGCACUGCAGCACUCCCAUGUCCCCACUUUCUUGGCAGAUUUUUAUUCAUCACCUCAUCUGCACAGCCUUUAUAGGCACACAGAACACCACCUUAAUAACGAACAGACAUCAAAGUACCUCCCCCGGGACAUGUUCAGAGAGUCUGAAAAUAUUUCUACUUUUACUCAACACAAACACCAAGAAAAACUAAAUUUAAAUUAUCGCCCAUCUUUGCAUCAACAAGAAAAAAAGGCAGCAGUGGAGGCCUCCUCAGAUGAUCAGCCAACAGAUUUGAGUCUUCCAAAGAGCAUACACAAACAGACUGCAAAGGCUCCAGGCUCCAGCCUCCCUCAUUCAUCCAUGGCCCCGCAAGAAGGCAAAGGUAUCUCCCCGUUCCAGGCUGCGAGCAGCCAGGCAGUGAGCCUAGACUGUAACCCCAAAGCUUGCCGCGUGUCCCCCAUGGCCAUGACAGCCCCGAAAAAACACAGCGAGUUGCUCCACAGGUCUGGGAAGCAGCAGGCCCAGAGGCUGGAGAACCUGAGGAAGAUGGAGGGGAUGGUGCAUCCUAUCAUCAGCCGCAGAACGAGCCCUCAAAACGUGGGGGCUGCCCGGCCUUUGAAACGGAGCCUGGAGGAUUUGGACAAAGUCAUUUCAGAAAAAAAAAUCCGAGCUGUCUCUCCUCUGCACUUACCAAAGGAGACCGCGGUGAAAGACAAGGUUCCCGACCCAGAGGGGGAAGGCAGCAAGCCGGUGCACGGCCUCCACUCCAGCAGCGUGCUGGAAAGCCACUCCCUUCCGGCCCCCAUCUCCCCAGGCUUGUCCCCGGGAAGCCUGUGCACGGGGCUGAACAAUCGCCUCCCGCCCGGGUAUUCUCAUCCCCUGCAGUACUUGAAAAACCAGACCGUGCUCUCCCCGCUAAUGCAGCCUUUGGCUCUUCACUCCUUCAUGGUGCAGAGACAAUUCCUCACGUCCCCUGCAAACUCCCAGCAACUGUACAGACACUUAGCUGCAGCAACACCUGUAGGAAGUUCCUACGGUGACCUUUUGCAUAACAGCAUUUAUCCUUUAGCUGCUAUAAACCCUCAAGCCGCAUUCCCACCUUCCCAGCUGUCCUCUGUACAUCCCAGCACAAAACUGUAAACCCCCUCGCUCAAAAAAAAAAAAAAGGUCUGAGGAGAAAAGUUAAGUUAGCGACAUUCCUCCCCCUGUGACGAUGUCUCGCGGAUUCAGCCAUCGGUAUUUCGGUCAACCGGGAUGCAGUCGUACCCCGCCCAGCGGAGCGCUUCGGAGUUUGGAGAUGGGACUGCUCCUUUAAUUCUGGGUCCCACAUCAGCCCCCUCGCCCCUUAUCCCUGUCCCUGCAAAAAAAAACAAACAAAAAAAACCAACAAAACAAAACAAACAAAAAAAGAAAAAAAAAUCAUUGAAUUUUGCGUAUGUUUUUUCUGAAAGGACUCGUAUGCGGUAAGAGCAGAUGUUCAAAGGGAGCCGUGGAAAUGUGGGCUCGGUCCUGAGCUCACCGAAACCCCCACAGGGGCUGCGGUCGCCUUUCGCGCUGAGCGAGGACCAGGGGCCGUGCCUUGUGGCAAGUCAGUCAAGAACUCGAGGUGAACCUGGCAAGGAGAAGUGGGCCAAGAAUCCGUACAAUCAGUGGAUGUGCUUUUUUUUGGGGGGGGGGUAACUUUUCCUGACUUUUAAAGAUUCAAUCAAUGCAAUGUAUAGUGAAACGGCAAUAGAUUUCUCAUUUUAACACUAUUAGAACAGAAGGGUAAACACUGUUUAAUUUGACUGUACAUAUCCACUUCGUAAACUACCAGUGUCACAUUUGGUCACAAUAAUUUAUAUAGUUUUGUUUGUCCAGUAUAUUCUGUGCUCUUUAUGUUUGGGGUUUUUUUUUUGUUUGUUUCAGGUUUCUUUUUUUUUUUUAAAUUAAACAGUAUCAUUUUAUCUGCAA